CAAAAAACCGUGGAGGCGGUGGUCGUCCAUCCCGGGUUCACGGGUUUCAGUUCGCCGACAGCAGACCCGAGAAACGACAUCGCGAUGAUAAAGCUGUCCAGUCCGGUCAAACUGACCGAUGCCGUGACCAUAGCCUGUCUUAGCACACGAGAUUCGGAUUUUGACCACUCGCUUUGUUUCGUCACAGGCUGGGGACACGUCGAUGCGGCGAAACGACAACUGGCCGACGUAUUGCAGCAGUCAAAGACACAGGCACUGGACGCCAAACAGUGUCGUGACGUCUUCAGGGCUAUGGGUGACGACACGACAG